AUGUCGUCGUGGAACAACCCAAAUGCGGUCACCGUCCUGGAAUCCACCAAUCCAUAUGGAAACUACACGGUGGUUGACACUGCGCCCAAGGAGAUUCUCCAUAUGGUGCAUGAGCACUGGUACCAGUUCCCUCCCAUGAAUCCUCUUUGGUAUGGACUUGUUGGUUUCUGGAUGGUUAUCAUGGGAUGUCUCUCCAUUGCUGGAAACUUCGUCGUCAUCUGGGUCUUCAUGAACACCAAAUCUCUUCGAUCGCCUGCUAAUCUUCUGGUCGUCAAUCUGGCCUUUUCCGACUUCUUGAUGAUGCUCACCAUGUUCCCUCCUAUGGUGGUGUCGUGUUACUGGCAGACAUGGACUCUUGGAGCACUUUUCUGUGAGAUCUAUGCAUUCCUUGGUUCUCUUUUCGGUUGCGCUUCUAUCUGGACCAUGGUGUUCAUCACUGCUGAUCGAUACAAUGUCAUUGUGAAAGGAGUUUCUGCUGAACCACUGACGUCUGGAGGUGCAAUGUUAAGGAUUGCUGGUACAUGGUUCUUCUCCCUUGCUUGGUGCCUUCCACCAUUCUUUGGCUGGAACCGUUAUGUCCCCGAGGGUAACAUGACUGCAUGUGGAACUGACUAUCUGACAGAAUCGGAAUUUUCUAAGAGUUACUUGUAUGUGUACUCAGUUUGGGUGUACAUCUUCCCUCUCUUCUACAUCAUCUACAGCUAUACUUUCAUUGUCAAGGCUGUGGCUGCUCACGAGAAGGGAAUGCGAGAACAAGCCAAGAAGAUGGGAGUCAAGUCGUUGAGGAGUGAGGAAGCCCAAAAGACCUCUGCUGAGUGUCGUCUGUGCAAGGUUGCUCUGAUGACUGUCACCCUAUGGUUCAUGGCCUGGACCCCUUACUUCGUCAUCAACUGGGGAGGAAUGUUCAACAAGCCCAUGGUUACUCCUAUUUUCUCCAUCUGGGGCUCCGUCUUCGCCAAGGCCAACGCCGUCUACAACCCCAUCGUGUACGCCAUCAGCCACCCCAAGUACCGAGCUGCCCUUGAGAAGAAGCUGCCUUGCCUUGCCUGCAACACUGAGGGUAGAGACGGUGGUGGCUCUGAUGCCGGUUCUACUGCUACAACUGCUGAAAAUAAUGAAAAGGCGGAAUCCGCAUAAUUGCAGAAGGAUUGCGAGAAAGAUCCUUCGGAUAUUACGAAAACAAUUUAAUGUAUCCCUUUUAUUU